GGGCAGCAGCAGCUCUCGGAACUGUUGGUGUUGGCGUGCAGUCCUGUGUCACAGGGCCGGAUCACAGCCGACACGUCUCUGGUUCUGACCGACUGCUGGGACUCAGCGGAUCCCCCGGGGGCCCCCCCACCCUGCGGACCGCUCAGUUUGAGCUUUUCAGAUUUUGCUCAUUACGCCGACAGCCUCGGAGGGGGGCGCUCUCUUCUCGACAGCAGGAAGCUGCUGGACUCGGAGUUCGCGGACAUCCUCCGGGCGCUGGAGUGCAGGGUGGACGUCCUGGUGGUGGACGUUUUGCGAUGGACGGGCGUCAGAGGACAGCAGGGGGCGGUGGUGGAUGUGGACAACUGCGUGUUUGUGAGCAAACAGCUGCUGCUCAGACUCGGGCUGUUUAACCACGAGUGGGUGAAGCUGUCGAAGGCGGGAGGACCCUCGCGACCUCAGACGGGUCAGAUGGACGUCAGGGGAGGAAUCAGCAGAGAGCGGCUGGGAUCUGUGGUGGUGGUGGAUUUGACUGAGAGUCCAGAUCUGCAGAACCUCGAUGACGUUGGUUUCAUAUCAGCGAGUCUGUGGUUCAACUUGACCGAAGGGGAAGUGAUUCCUGUGAACAGCCUCACGCUGAGGAUGAAGAGGUGGAGACCGUCUCCCCCGGAGGUCGGCGGUGGCUCUGACAGUUCGUGUCGCUCAGCUUCGCCUGCGUUCGCCACUGAGCUUCACAUCCAGCCGGUGGUGUCUGUGCUGUACGACAACCUCUGCAGCUACGACACUCUGCUGUCUGACCACUUCAGUGCUCCCAGACUGGUUUCACUCGGAGACGUCUUAUCAGUUCCCACUGAAAAUCAUCCAGACCUGCUGGAGAACAACUGUGACGGCAUCCACAGGGCUCCAGUGCUGUUCUUCAAAGUGCAGAAGGUGUGUCCAUCUGCCGAGAGAGAAGAAGUAGGAGGAGCUUACCUGGCCGACAGACUUCACACCUCCCUCUACAUGGGAGCGUCCACUAACAGCCCCGUCCCCUGCUGCUGGGUGGAGCGAGGGUCUCUGUGGAACAGUCUGUCUCCUCCGGGCCUCGAGAAGACCGUCGACUUCCUCAGCAGCAUCAUCCUGCCUCACCUGCAGCACAGCAGUUCUCUGUCUGGUUGCACUGUCCUCCUUCACGGUCCUGCAGGAAGUGGUAAAGUGACGGCGGUCAGCGCAGCGAGUCGCAGACUGAACCUCCACCUGCUGAAG